UUCCACGUUAAGUCAAAUCAACUUUUCAUUUACGAUUUCUGCCGAAUAUUCAAUGCAAACUUGCUCCAAUUGAUUGACUGAUUAUGAAGAAAGACAUUUACAAGAAAUGCUGUCUCUGCCCUUCCAGAGAGGGGGCUCUGAAACCAACUGACACAGGAGGUUGGGCCCACGUAGUCUGUGCCCUGUACAUACAAGAAGUCAGUUUUGGAGAUAUGGCUGCUCUGGAGCCAAUCAUAGUAACAAAUGUCCCAAAAGAAAGAUUCAAGCAGACGUGUUCGAUAUGCACAGAGAGACAACAGAAUCAUUUAGCAGGCCAAGGUGCGUGCAUGUCAUGUGCCAAAGUGGGAUGUAAAUCUGCAUUUCACGUGACCUGUGCCCAGGAAAAAGGCUUCUAUUCGAGGAGUUUGUAAACAACAACAACAACAGUCUGUCUCCAGGAAAUGCCAACGGAGAAAAAAAUGAGAGUAACAGUAGCUCUAAUGUCGCGUACAGAGGAUAUUGCGCUGUUCAUAUUACG